UGCACUUUAUUGUGAAAGUGAAGAAAAUUUUGUGUGGAAUAAUCCCAUGUUAAUUGUCAUAAAUAAAAAUUGUUUACGGAUUAUAAUUGUAAUUAAUUAGUGUUUGUUUUUGUGUAUGUAAUAAAUAAUGAACAGUUAAUUAUGUAAUGGAUAGAAUUAUGUGGUCUGUACAACAACAACCAGUACCUUCAUCACAUUUUCUUUAAUACAACUUCAAAACAACAUAGAAACAGCAACAGACGACACCACCAUGGGUCAUACUAAUCACCACCACCAUGGCAUUGGCAUCAUCGUCUAUUCACAAAGAAUAACAAAAAACAAUUAUUACCUCCCACAAUGCUACUAAAUAAAAUAAUAGUGAACAAAAUAAUAUUUUAAUAUCAAAAAAAUAUCAACAAACAACCAAAAAAAAAAUUCAACAAGAACUAUAGCAAAAUAUAAUAUUUAUAUUAUUUUAUUUUGUAACAUCAUAUUAAAAAUAUUGUGUGUCGUAUCGUUUCGUUCGUUGCUGUGCUUCGAGAGUCGACCAUCAUCAUCCAAACAUACAUAUGAAGCGAAUUAUAGUAGUAGUUCAGUUCACACAAGCGCAGCCAAUGCUAUUCAGUUGACGCACCAUAAGCUGCUACACAAAGCAUGCGAUCGACACGCCCCUGCUUCAAACCGGCUUUUAACUCAUACAGCUGACAAGAACGUCUAUUUUAUAUUUACAGUGCUUAUGUAUUCGUUAUUUAGAGAAUUUCUGGUCUGGACUUUAUUAUUAUCAAACAAAAAAGAGUUUUAAGGGAACUUUGAAAUUUCGAAACGUGAGUUAGAAAAAAAAUAACAUUAGUUACCGACCCCGUGUCUGUGUGUAUAAAUGUGUUUGGUAUCGUCGCCAGUGAGUGUAUAUUAUCUAUCUAUACGUCCUUCGUUGCUUUGCUACGAACAUCAAUACCGUAAGGAAACUCCUCUGCUAACGGUACACAGUACACAAACACAUAAAAAAAAUUGUUUAUACAUAUUGUUUACUGUGCAUUAAGCAAUGAAAGUGAUUGAAAAAAAUGAUACAGAAAAAUUAAGCAGUGAAUCAACAGCGAUACUUAUUGUAAAUGAUUUAAUCGAACGUGUUUUUAAUAAAAUAAUGACACAAGAUUCGAAAAUUAAUUUAGAGCCUAAAUCAGAUAUACCAUCUUCUAGUGAUGAUGUUACGGAGAGAGAUGUUCGACUGAAAUCUUCAACACUUAAAUCUGACGAUGCUGCUGUGUUAGAUACAUCUGAUACAGACAGUUUACGAUGUAGUUUACCACUCGAAAAAAUCGAUGAUCAUAUUUUACAAGAGUUAUCUUCAUCAGGAUCUAGUUCUGAUGAAGUACAAAGUGUUGAAAAUUCUUCGACAACCACAACACCGCUUAAAUCAUCAACCUCAUCAGCGAUAACAACUCCAUCACCUACGACCUCUUCAACGCCGACUUCUACGUGUAAAAAACGUUUAUUUUGUUUAUACUGUGAUCGGAUUUUUGUGAGUUCAAAUUUACGGCAAAAACAUGUGGAACGUUGUCAUUCCGCGAAUCAAUUACGACGUUCUAGUUCGCGAACACCGGGGCAUAGUAAACUAUCCCCAUCGUGUAUGUUUUGUGGUCAAGUGGAUAAUGUUGGGAACGAUUUAAAGAAGUUAUUAGAACAUUUAAUAGUCGAACAUUCUAUGAAGUAUCAUGGAUGCUUGGAUUGUGAGGAACGUUUCGGUAGCAAAGAAAGCUUAAAAAUCCAUAAUUCAAGUGUGCACGGUAUUGAGAAUGAAACGAUCACUAUUGAAGAUGAUGAAAAAGAGUUACCACAAGUUUCGAUUACGAAUAAUACCUCAACGGAAGUACUUCCAUUAAUUACAAACACUAUUUCCAUGGAUACCGAAAAGAAAAAGAAACGUAUUAGAAAAUCGGAUAUUGAUAAUUCUGUCAUUGAAACAUUACCGCCCCCGCCACAAAAUCCAAUGAUAGAAGAUUUUGAAGAGACAAUUGUUGCAAAUGUCAUAUCAGCUGCGGAAAUAUUAAAACAAAAGGAAUUAAUGGAAAAAGAAAAUGCGUUAAAAUUAGCUGAAUUAGAAAAACAAAAAACAAGUAAUCGUAAUACGAAAAAAGGUUCUCGAACAAAUUCAGGUGCACGGAAUAAUAAUAAUAACAGCGAGACAGCAACAUCUUCGCCACGAACUACACGUCGAUCGACAAAAUCAUCCGCAUCAUCCACACCAGUUAAAACAAAAUCAAAAACGAAUAAAGUUACUGCGGUAUCGAAUCCCGAUGAAGGUAAUCUGGAUCAAAUAAAAUCAGAGAAUUCUCUAUCGAAAACCGAAACGAUCUCAAUAAAGGUUACAUCGACCUCAUGUGAAACAUCAUCCCCGCCUAAUUACGAAUUCGACGAGAACUUCUUCACAUGUGUUUCAUUUAACAUCCAAGAAAAUUUAUUAAAUCAUCUCGACGGGAAAUUACAUACGAAUAAUGAAUUAUCCCCGAUGUCUUCGCUACAUGCUUAUCACCAGACAAAAGGUUCGAAAACCUCUGAAACGAAUUCGGCGUAUACGAAUGCAAAUGGUGAGGAUGACGAUGACGUCAAUAACUUAGCAUUAACAGCGUUAACACCGGUCACAACGCUUUUAACAUCACAAAUCGGUAUUGAUGCAUAUCGACAAAUUGAAUACGGAUCCAAAGCUCCAAAACAUCACGUAACACGUAAACAUUACGUGAAAUAUAACUUCCGUAGUCGUAAACAAAAACCAAGUGAUAUGGAUAUCUCGAAAGAUAUCUCAAAACUAGAUAUGUGGACACAAGUUGCAAUGAAAAUGCGCCAACAAAAAAUUAAAACGAAUUUAUUAGACGAUGAAAUUAAUCGACGAACCGAACAACAAGUGGAAGAAUUAAAUCGUAUUCUUGAUACUCGAGGUCCUUUUCAAGAUUUACACGAGGAAGCGUUAAAUUCGCAACAGAAUGAUGAAGAAAAUAAUUCAUCCACAGAUGAAGUUAAAACAGUUUUAGAGGAUAUUUUAAUCAACGUUUUUGAUAAAGUACCUUCUUCGUCAGAAGGGACAUCUUCGGCGUACGAGAAUAACCCCGUUGUGAAUUUAGAUAAAUUUAUUAGUGAUCGAUUAAAAAAUGUAUCAAAUCAAAAAGUUUUAAAAAUCGAAGAUACAAAAUUUGAUGAAUCAUGUAAUCGAAUAACGACACGAUCAAGAUUACGUAAUGAAUCAACAAAUGAAAGAUUAAUUGAGAAUGAAACAUUAAGUUAUUUUAAUUUAACUCGAACACCUGCAGCAUCAACUUCAGGAACGACAUCUAUGUCGAUAACACGACGUACAUCGAUUGAUAUGAAAACCACAACCGAAUCACUUUAUAAACUUGGUCUGGAUGUUAAACAAAUGAAUAAAUUUUUAUCGGAAAACGAUCAUGAAAUAAUUGUAUCCUCAUCGGUGGAACUAAGUGGGGAAUGGGCUCGACCACGUAUUUAUAUAUGUGGCGCGUGUGGUGUAAAAAUUACAAAUUUAAAACUAUUAGAAGAUCAUAAACAAUUUAUUCAUCCACAUGUUUGGUGCGCUCAUUAUGAGUUUGUGGGUAAUCAAUCGGAAUUUUAUCCACAUUUAAAUAUACCGGGCUUAGGACGAAUUUUAGAGAAUGAAAAGAAAGAGAUCAUACGUAAUUGGGAGAAAAGUAGUGCACGACAAUGUAGUAAAUGUCAAAAAGAGUGUAAUACGUUAGGUGAUUUACAUCGACAUAUGUUAGAAUGUGGUGGUGAUUGGUCGUGGAUGUUAGCGAAAAAGAAAUGUAAAUAUCGUCCAUUUGGUGCACGAUCUAGACGUCGACGAGUUAUGGAAUUGAAGAGGAAGUUGCGGGUACGUUUGGAGGGUGGUAGUAGCUCAACUGGCGAGAACACAACACGGAGUGUUGUUGAACGUCGCAGAAAUCGAUCCAAGCUGGAGGGUCCUCGCCCACCUCGACCAAGUGACGCUGACACAAUUCAACGUAUGCUGGCAAAUUUACCACCGAAACGUGCAACGCGAAAAAUAAUGAGUCUAAAAGAACAAGGUCUACGUAAACCAAAUCGUUUAAAUCCAAAUAAAACAAACGUGAAUUCAAAUCGUACAAAACAAUUAUUAAAAUCACCAAAAACUAACAAUAAAAAUGAAACAAUCAAGGCUGCUAAUCAAAAAAUGAAACAAGCAUUACAACGAAAUCUACGAUCCAGAAAUCAAUUAAAUAACGUGAAAAAUGAAACUGCAUCAACUGUAGAACGUAAGGUUAGUCCACGUACAACACGACGUUCAGCAUCCAAUUCACCGAAAAAUGAAAAACAAACUCCAGAUAAUACAAAUAUUGUUAAUAAUAAUAGGAAAACAAAAGUACAAAAAGUUUUAGCUAGUAAAAUUAUUGAUAGUAACACUGCAUUGGGACCAAAAUCAAAAAUAUUUAGUAGGAAAAAAACACGAUUUGGUGAAACAGUUGUUACACGAUUACGUAAUAAAAUAUUAUUAGCACAAAAAUAUAUUAAUUCAGAUAAUACUGUGCGUUUAACACGAUCCAGAGGUUUACAUGUUGCAAAACAACAAAUUGACGAAGAAAUUAUUAAAGACAACCCAGACAGUAACCAGAAAAAGAAAUCAACUAAUAAAAAUGAUAAUAAAACAACCGUUGAAGAAAGUGAAGACGACGUACCAAAAACAAAACGACGAUUGCGUUCAUUGAAAUUUUUAACAAAAACUUUACGAUCUCAGAAAAAAAUUAAUGAAGUUAGUGAAAAUUUACAAAAUACACCGAGUACAUCGCCAGCACGACGUUCGAAUCGUAUGCGAAUAUUAUCUCGUAUCCAACGGAAAUUACCAUCAUUUAAUCGACGUAAUAAAGAUAAAAAUGAAGGACAGAAAAAUGAAAAGGAUAACUCUCCCACUGAAGAAAAUUCUACAAAACCUUCUUCUGAUGAAAAUAUCGAUAAAACAUCAGAAGACAAAACGAAUGAAAAUGUGGAAGCUUUCAAAACUGUUGAAGAAACAAGAAAAGAUGAAAAUUUUGAUCAACCUCCAGUUUUAGAAAAAAUUACAGCUCCUACAAAACCAAAAUCGAAUAUUGAUUAUUGUAUCGAGAGUGUCGUAGCAAAUAUUACUGGACAAGUUACAUAUAAAGAAUAUCCACGAUCAACCACAGUUUCAAGUAUGGAAGAACCCAAAAAAUCAUCAUUUAGCUUAAAAACAUUUACACAAAAUAUGCGAAAUAUUGGAAAAAAAAUAACAAAUAAUUCGAAGAACGAACCACUUAAUUUAGCAGCUGAUGCGCCAGAAGUUAGUGAAAAUGACGCUGCCGCCGAGAAAAUACAAUUGGGUAAACGAAAACGUGUAAUAAGUACACAAACAGAUAUAACACCAAGUUUACCCGAAGAAGAGCAACCACCAUUACUCUUCCCACAAAUACCUAUACCCCCACCUUUACCGCUAGUACCACCAGUAUCAGCUCUACCAGUACCAAUUAUUCCACCAGUUACCACUGCGACAAUUCAUGAUACAAUAUCGGAUACAAUUGAAGAAGUCAUCGCAAAAUAUACAGUAGAAUCUUCAUCUGACACCGAAGAUGACUUGCUUACAAAAUCAAAUAAGAAAUUAAAAGUCAAUACAAAUGGAAUUGGCUCAGAGAAAUGUGAUACAAUUCCAAAAAACUUAUCAAAUCAAAAUUUUCCCAUGCCGAUAUUAGAAGCCGUCGGUCCUCCGAACGACUUAAAACGAGGAGAUAGCAUAGUGACCAUACCAAUAUUGUUACCUGUUGUGUCGCAUGUUAUUAUUUCAACAGGAACACAAAUUAACAGUAAUCUACUCGAAAAAAUUAUGGAUACUUCGAUCAAUAAUUUUCAGUUAAAUAAUAUUGUACCAAAUGAUAAAACAAAUCCAUUAUUAAAUACACUAUCACCAGGUGCUGGUAAAAAUAGUGAGAAAAUACUUGAUAGUGAUUUAAGUGGAAAAUCACCUGUGGGAAAUAAAGAAUAUCAUAAUUACGUUAUUGAAACACCAAUGCAAAAGUUAAUACAAAAUGGUUUAUAUCCAGUGUUGCCGCCGAAUAGUAUACCAAAUGUUGCAUUUGAUAAUCUUCAAAUAAGUGAAACCAGUGGUGAAAAUUCAACACAAAAUUCAUCGACAUCUGAAGACACGACGAAAAAAGAUAAUAAAAAUAAAUCUAAAGGUCUAAAAAAACCCAUAAAGAAAUUAAACGAUUGUAUAAAUAUGUUAAAACAAAAAUUAAUGUCAUCUUCAUCCACCGAAAAUUCCGACACAAAUCCGCGUGGUGAUAUAUUAAAAAUUCCAACACCGAAGUUUAAUAAACCUCCAAUUUUUUCUGAUCCAAUUCCAAAGAAAAUUACUGAAGCGCCAUUUCCAACAACACCGGUUAAAAAACCUGUUGAUAUUUCACAAGGUUUAGACUUUAGUUUACCAAAAAAUGUCCCUGAAGACGAUCAAACAAGUCCAAUUGAUUUAUCUUGUUCAACAACAUCUAAGAAAUUAUUUGUAGAUGCACCCAUUGCCAAUGAAGUGGAGCAUAUUAUCGAGACAAAAAGUAUACAAAAACCACCAACGAAACCUAAAGGUUCAAUCAAUUUUUCAGAUUUACCUAGACAAAUGGAAUUACUUGCAAAUCAAAAUGAACGUCGUGAAGCUGAACGAAAUCAACAACAAGAAAUUGUAUCCGAAAAAUUAAUUACACAUCACCAUCCCAUUAUAUUAAAUGUACCAGAAGUUGUAGAAUCAGCUUCAAUAUCAAAUAUUGAAUUACAAAAGAAUCAAAAUGAAAUUGUUGACGUAGAAAAUCGAACAAAAGAUGGAAGUGAACAAAGUUUAGUAAAUAUAACAUCAUUACCUCCCUCAUCUCUACAGCGACUCAUCCCACCAUCAAAUGAUCUUGUCACAAAAACAUUAUUAUCUCUAAAUAAUACUUCAAUAGAAAAAAAUUCAGAAUUCGGUUCGAAUGAUAAUAUUGCGAAAAUUCCUAUCGAUUUAUCAUCCCAUCCAAUUCAGGAAACAUCGUCUCAUGUUUUGGAUGUCCAAAAUUUAAUAAAUAACCAAAUGACAGAAAAUGAUAAUAAACGAGGUGGUCGAAAACGAGGUACUAAUCGAAGAAUUGGUGCAGUACGCACUAGGCCUAUAAGAAAAUGUAACUCAAAUGAAGAAGAACCAGAGGUGGCGUUAAUCCCACGACCUAACGAGGAUAUUGGAUCUGAUACAUCGUUUGAAGAUGUGCCAUUAAUAAAAUUAGUUCAAACACAAGAUUCAUCAGAGGAUAUUCCUCAAAAUUUAGUAAAAGUUACGCCUCUAGCACCCGUCGUCGAUAAUUUGACUGAAAUAAUUAAUCAAGUUGCGAAAAAUACUAUCAAUAAACCGAAAGAUAAUUUGACGGAAAUUAUCAAUCAAGUUGCUGAAAAUACGAUUAAUAAAGACGAUUCUAAGAAAAGAAUUGAAAUAAUUCCUCCACCAAUCAUCGAAAUUGAAAAACCAAAAGAAGUUAUCGAAUCUGAUUUACCUAAAAAAUUAUCGGAAACAAGUCAGAGUAAAGAGCAAAUAAGUAAUUUAAUGAAGGUACGAAAGAAACCGGGUCGAAAACCAAAAAGUGUUUUCGAGCCUUUGGAUAAAACACCAGAGAUUCCAAAACCUGAACAAACAGUAAUUACUGAACAAACAGUGAUAGCAAAUGUUGUAAUCCACCAUUCAACACCGGAAAUUAAAACUCCUGACAUGUGUGGUGGAAAUUCAAGUUGUAUAACAGAUGAUUUUGAUUUAGAAAAUGCUUUACCAUUGUUUACGGUUGGUAAAAUAUCACCUUUACAAGUUUCUGUACAAGAUCCAAAAACAUUAAUGGUUGAUACAAUAAAAAGUCAACUUGAAGUAACAACUCCAUCAACAAGUGGAAUUGACACAACAAAACGUCCUCGCUUAAAACCAGGACGAAAACCCAAAAAAUUACUGGAACAAAUUGAAAAUAAAUCUGAAAAUGUUUCAAAUAUCGUCCAAAAUGAAUCAAUAUUGAAUAAAACUGAAAGUACAAAUAUUUCAAGUGAUUCAAUUCCACCACAAAUAAUUGAUGGAAAACCUUCUGACAGUUUAGAUAUUUCCUCGAAUAUUCCAAAAACUGAUAUUUCGACUGAAAAUUCGAAUGCGUUAACACAGGUAAAAAAACCAGGUCGUAAACCCAGAAAACAGGUGGAGCAAAUUCAAACUCCAGUUCCAGUAAUUGAAAAUAAUCAGAUUAACCAAAUGACGGAAUCCCAAAUGAAGGAGGUUCAGUCAGAAAAUGUACCGGAAACUUCGGCCACGUUACGUGAAAGCUUAGCAGAUGAAUUAACAGUAGAAAGUACUGAAAUUGAUAAAAUAGAAUCAGUUGAAAACAUAACUUCUUCUCAAUCGAAGAAACCUGGACGUAAAUCUAAGAAAGGAUUAGACGAAAAUAAAUCGGAAUCUUCAAGUAAUCAGUUAGAGAAUAUUUCAGAGCCUUCUAUCACAUUACAAAGCAGUACGAUAAAUGAGACACCUGUAGAAAAUACUGAAACUGAAAGAUCCGAAACUUCAAAUAUUUCAGAUGAUAUUUUGAAAGAACCUGAAAAUAUUCCUAGGACAAAAGAUCAAAAGUCCAACGAAAUUGAUUCGUCUCAAAUAUCAGAAACCGAUAUUCCAGAGAAAAUAACUGAAAAUUUAACAGCAGCCAAUUCUUUACAAAUUAAGAAACCUGGACGUAAAUCUAAAAAACUAGACGAAAAUAAAUCGGAAAACUUAAAUUUUUCAAAUGACGCUUUAAAAGAACCUGAAAUCGUUUUGAAUACACAAGAUCAAAAUAAUUCUUUCCAAAUAAUAGAAACUGAGAUUUCAAAAGAAUUAACAAUUGAAAAUUCCGGAAGGAAGAAACCAGGACGUAAACCUAAGAAAGUACUAGAAGAAAAAUCUCAAUCUGCAAACGUAUCAAAUGACAUUUUGAAGGAAUCUGAAGGUGUUCUGAACACAGAAGAUCAAGAAUCUGUCCAAAAUGUUUCUUCUGAAAUAACAAAACUCGAUAUUUCGAAAGAAUUACCAACUGAAAUUACUGUUACUAAGGAUUCUUCACAAUUGAAAAAACCUGGACGUAAACCUAAGAAAAUCGUAGACGAUAAUCAAUUGGAAACAUCAGAUGUUUCAAGUGAAAUUUUGAUAGAACCUAAAAAUAAUUUUAACAUAGAAGACCAAAAUUCCAGCCAAAAUGAUUCUUCUCAAAUAAUCGAAUCCGAAAUUUCCGGAAAAGAAAUACAAACCGCUUCGAAAGAAUUUAUUACUGAAACGUCUACUGGUAAGAAGAAAUCUGGACGUAAACCAAAGAAAGUUUUUGAGGAAAAGUCUGAAUCUUCAAACAGUUCAAAUGACUUUUUAAAAGAACCUGAAAAUGUUUUGAACUUAGAAGAUCAAAAUACCAUAAAUGUCUCUUCUGAAAUAACCAAAUCCGAUGGUUCGAAUGAAUUACCGGCUGAAAAUGCUAUUACUACGAUCUGUUCGCAAUCUAAGAAACCUGGACGUAAACCAAAGAAAAUAGUUGAUGAAAAUAAAAUGGAAGCCACAGAUGUUUCAAGUGACAUUUUGAAAAUAUCAGAAAAAGUUUUGAACACACAAGAUCAAAAUUCCACCCAAAUUGAUUCUCAAAUAAUAGAUGUUUCGAAAGAAUUAUUAGCUGAAACGUCUACUGUAAAGAAUUCUUCACAUUCAAAGAAACCAGGACGUAAACCUAAGAACAUUUCAGACGAAUUGGAAACCAAAGAUGUUACGAGUGAUAUUUUGAAAGAAUCUGAAAAUGUUUUGAACAUAGAAGAUCAGAAUUCCUCCCGAAUUGAUUCUUCUCAAAAGAUGGAAUCCAAUAUUUCGAAAGAAUUAUUAACUGAAACGUCUCCGGAAAAUAAUUCUUCACAAUAUAAGAAACCUGGUCGUAAACAUAAGAAACCAGUUGAAGAAUCUGAAUCUCCAAAAGACGGAGACAAUUUAACGGACGUUUUGGAAAAAUCACAAAGUGUUUUGAAGAUAGAACAUCAAAACUCCAUCCAAAAUGAUCCUUCUGAAAUAACGAACUCCGAUAUUUCGAAAGGAUUAACAAUUGAAACUUCUAUUACUAAAAAUUCUUCACAAUCUAAGAAACCUGGGCGUAAAUCUAAGAAAAUCGUAGAAGAAGAUAAAUCGGACAAUCUAAAUAUCUCUGGUACCAUUUCGAAAGAGCCUGAAAGUAUUUUUAAUAUAGAAGACCAAAAUUGCACUCAAAAUGAUUCUUCUCGAAUAAUGGAAUCUGAUAUUACGAAUAAAUUAACAAGUGAAUCGCCUACUGCUACUAAGAAGAAACUGGGACGUAAACAGAAAAAAGUUUUUGAGGAAAUAUCCCAAUCUUUUAACACUUCAAAUGACAAUUUGAAUGAACCUGAAAGUGUUACGCAUACGGAAGAUAAAAAAUCUAUUAAAAAUGUUUCUUCUGAAAUAAUAGAAUCUGACAUUUCGAAAGAAUUAACAAAUGAAAACACUUCUAACGUUCCCGACAAAUUACAAAAUUUACCUGAAAAUUUAAAUAUUUCGACUAGAAAUGAGAUCUCAAAUCAUGAAAAUGUUUCAGUCCCAUUCGAAGUUAAUACUUCAGUAUUCAAAAAUACUGAAACUGGAAUAAAUGAAUCAACUGAAAAUAUAACUAUAAAUGAUUCCUCGCAAUUUAAAAGACCAGGACGUAAGCCCAAAAAAUCAUUGAAACAGCCAGAAAAAGAUGAUACUUCGCAUGAUAAACUAUUUGAUUCAGAAAUUAAUAAUAUACCAAAUAUUGAGGAAGAAGAAUUGCUGAAAAAUGUCCUUAAUAAAAAACCUGGACGAAGGUCUAGAAAAUUAACAGUAGACUCAUUGGAAGAAAAAUCAGAAUCAUUAGGUGAAAACGUGCAAGAAACUGUAAUAACUCCAGAAUUGGAACAAAUUUCAAUUGAUAUCAAAUCAAUGCCGGUGCGAAAAUCUGGUCGAAGAUCCAAAAAUUCUUCUUUAGAAAGAUGCCAAAAAGUUGAAAAAGCGGACAUUGAUGUUCAAAACAUAUUGGAUAAUGUUCCAGUAAUUGAGACUCCACAAUUGUCAGACGAAAAUGUACAAGAAAUUGUAAAAACUGCAGAAAUAGAACAAAUUUCAAAUGAAUUCAAAUCAACGCUGGUAAGAAAAUCUGGUCGAAGAUCUAAAAAUUCUUCCUUAGAAAGACCACAAAAAAUUGAAAAUUCAGACAUAGAUAUUCACAAUAUACUGGAUAUCGAUCCAACAAUUGAAUCUCUACAAUUGAAAAAAACCAAUCGCAAAUCUAAAAAAUCACUGGAACAAUCAGAAAAUAAAUUCGAAUCGUCAAUUGAGAAUUCAAAAGAAACCACAAAUGAAUUUGUGAAACCUAAUUUAGAACAAAAUAAGUCAGUGGAACAAAUAAUCGAAAAUAAAAUUUCUUCAGAUAAUCAACCAAAAAUAGUGGAAAAUAAACCAGAAAGUUCAAAAACAAUUGAAAAUAUCCUCGAAAAUUCACUUGAGCAAAAUGAAAAUAAUCAAAAUUCAAUUGAACGAAAAAUAAGUGAAAAUUCAAAUGAUUUAAGUGAUAAUUCAUACCAAGGGAAAAACUCUGGUCGAAAAUUCAGAAAGAUUAUUUUGGAACAAACAGAAACAAUUGAUAAUGAAAUUAGUGAAGAUUCAAAUACAAGUAAAUGUUCAACAUAUUCCAGAAAAUCUGGACGAAAAUCUAAGAGAAUAUUUGAACAUGUUGAAAAUGUUACUGAAUUUGAAAAUAUUGAAGAUAACGAGUUUUAUCAUAAUUCAAGAAGAAAAUCUGGACGAAUUUCGAAGAGUUCUUUGGAGCAGCCCCAUAUUUCAGAUCUAUCAAAUAUUAAUAAUUCAAAUUUAGUAUUUAACGAUUCAUUAAUACCUCAAGUGCAUAUUGAACCUAUUAAAACAUCCGACCUGGUAGAAAAUAAAUCAGAAAAUUUGGAUUUACAAUUCAAAUCCACAGAAAUGGAUAUUUCUAAUGACGAAGAUAUAAUUGAACCUACUUCAACACAAAAUUCGGAGCCAGUGUCUGAUUCUAUUGAAGUAGAUGUUUCUCAAGACGAAGGUACUUCUGAGCAAGUCGCCUCACGUUCAAAAUCGAAACGAACAUCCAAAAAAUUCUUAGAACAAUCGAAAGACGAAUCAGAAUUGGAACAACCAUCAGAACCUAAAACUACUCGCUCAAAACUUGUGCAAAAAUCAAAGGAUGUAGAAAAAGAAAUCGAUAACAGUACAAUCGAAAAUGUACCAACUGAAAGCAUUGUUCAGGAACCUAUAAUUACAAGCUCUCGUAUCACACUUCGACGAAAAUCAACAAGAUUGUUAGAACCUGUUAUUGAUAAUUCAGAACUUAGUGAUCCUGAAAAAGCAGCUUCUAUCGAUAAUAAAAAACCUGUAAUUGAAAAAGAAACUAUUAAUUGCAAAGAUUCUGAAUUCAAAGAAAAACUAAAUGAAAUAGAGGUUGUUCUAGAAAAAAUUGAAGUUAUUCCAGAAAAGACUAGAAGGCAAAGUGCAAAAAUGGAUAAAGUAAAUGAAAUUGAAAAACUUUUAGAAAAAACUAAAAAACAAAGUGCCAAAAUUGAAACAGAUAUUGAAAUCGAAGCUAUUUCAGAAAAAACUAAAAAGCAAAGUGCAAAACCCGAAAAAGUAAAUGAAAUGGAAGUUGUUUCAGAGAAAACUAAGAAGCAAAGUACAAAACCUGAAAAAGAAAAUAAAAUUGCUGUUCUUUCAGAAACAAUUAAGACACAAAAUGCAAAAUCUGAAAAAGUAAAUGAAAUUGAAGUUGUUCCGGAAAAAACUAAAAAACAAAGUACAAAAUCUGAAAAAGGAAAUCGAAAUUAUUCCAGAAAAAAAUAA